UGAAACUCAGCAGCUCCAUUUUAUGUCGAGGAAAAAUAAAUCUUUCAGCAGUAAACACACGAAUGAUGGAGGGAAAGAGAUCAGACUCAGCAGAACCCAGCUGUGUGUCCAUGAAGAGUGACGCGUCAAUGGAUCCUCCACUUAAGUUCAGAGACAGAGACAGUUCUCCUGAUGUGAGACAACGAAAGAAGAAAACAAAUAUAAGAAGAAAUCAGCUGAACUCCAUAUUCAAGGAGCUGGAACACAAAGUCAUCACCCUGAUAAAGAACGAGCUAAACAGGUUUAGGGAGCUUCUGAGUCCAGAUUACCCAGCAUGCACUGAAAGGGAGGUGGAGGAUGAGGAGGAUCUGCACAGUGUCAGAGAGGGAGCGCUGAAGAUCACACUGCACGUCCUGAAGAACAUGAACCUCACAGAUCUCGCUAACACACUGCAGAACAAGUGUACAGUCUCUGAGUCUCAGCCAAAACUCAAAUCCAGUCUGAAAGAGAGGUUUAUGAGAAUUUAUGAAGGAAUCUCACAGCAUGGAAGCUCAGCUCUUCUGAAUGAGAUCUACACAGAGCUCUACAUCACAGAGGGUUGGAGUGGAGACGUCUGUAAUGAACAUGAGGUGAGACUGCUCGAGACAGCAUCCAGGACACCAGUAACACAGGAGAAACCCAUCAAAUGUAAUGAUCUCUUUAAAGACAAGUCCAUCAGAAGUGUGCUGACUAAAGGAGUUGCUGGAAUUGGAAAAACUGUCUCUGUGCAGAAGUUCAUUCUGGACUGGGCUGAAGGAAAAGCAAAUCAGGACGUCACCUUCAUGUUUCCACUUUCCUUUAGAGAGCUGAAUCUGAUGAGGGAGAAACAUCUCAGUUUGAUGGACCUUCUUCAUCACUUUUUCCCAGAAAUGAGAGAAGUAGAAUUAAUAAAUUGUGACUUCUACAAGGUCCUGUUCAUCUUCGACGGUCUGGAUGAGUGCCGACUUCCUCUAAAUUUCCAGGAGAAUAAGAGAGUGUGUGAUGUGACGGAUUCAGACUCAGUGAAUGUGCUCCUGACAAACCUCAUCAAGGGGAACCUGCUUUCCUCUGCUCUCCUCUGGAUCACCUCUCGACCAGGAGCAGCCAAUCAGAUCCCUCCUGAGUGUGUAGACCAGGUAACAGAGGUACGAGGGUUCAGUGAUCCUCAGAAAGACGAGUACUUCAGGAAAAGCAUCAGUGAUCAGAGCCUGGCCAAUAAAAUCAUCUCACACAUGAAGUCUUCAAGAAGCCUCUACAUCAUGUGCCACAUCCCAGUCUUCUGCUGGAUCUCAGCCACUGUUCUAGAGAGAAUGUUGGGUGAAGCAGAGAGUGGAGAGUUUCCCAAGACUCUGACUCAAAUGUUCAUACACUUCCUGGUCUUUCAGAUCAAACACAAGAACCAAAAGUACCAUCAGAAAUGUGACCCUGAUCCUCAGCAGACCAGAGAGAGUAUCCUGGCACUGGGAAAACUGGCUUUCCAACAGCUGGAGAAAGGAAACCUGAUCUUCUAUGAGGAAGACCUGAGAGAGUGUGGCAUUGAUGUCAGAGAAGUGUCAGUGUAUUCUGGAGUGUGUACUCAGAUCUCGAGAGAGGAGUUUGGGCUUCACCUGGGGAAGGUCUUCAGCUUUGUACAUCUGAGUGUUCAGGAGUUUCUGGCUGCUUUAUAUGCAUUUCUCUCCUUCAUCAAAGAAAAUGUAACAGAAAAACAAACCUCUGACCUGUCUGAUCUUUUCAUCAAGUCAAACAUGUCUGAUUUCCUCAGGUGUGCAGUGGACAAGGCCUUACAGAGUGAGAAUGGACACCUGGACCUGUUCCUCCGCUUCCUCCUGGGUCUCUCACUGGAGUCCAAUCUGAUUCUCUUACGAGGCUUAAUGCCACAGACAGGAAGCAGCUCUCACAGCAAACAGGAAACAGUCGAGUACAUCAAGGAGAAGAUCAGGGAGAAUCCAUCUCCAGAGAAAUCCAUCAAUCUGUUCCACUGUCUGAAUGAACUGAAUGAUCUGUCUCUAGUGCAGGAAGUACAAACUUACCUGAAGGAUGACAAUUACUGGCAUCUCAGUGGAGUCAGUCUCUUUCCUGCUCAGUGGCCAGCUCUGGUGUUUGUGUUACUGACCUCAGAUCAGAAGCCGGAUGAGUUUCAUUUGUGGAAAUAUGACCCAUCAGAGGAAUGUCUUCUGAAUCUUCUGCCUGUGGUCAAAGCGUCCAGAAAAGCUGUUCUGUAUAACUGUAAUCUAACGAAGGAGAGCUGUAGAGUUCUGUCCUCAGUUCUCAGAUCAAUCUCCUCCAGACUGAGAGAACUGGACCUGAAUUUCAAUAACCUGCAGGAUUCAGGAGUGAAGCUGCUCUUUGCUGGACUGGAGGAUCCACACUGUGCACUGGAGAUACUGAGUCUGUGUGAGUGUUACCUGACAGAUGAGAGCUGUAGAGUUCUGUCCUCAGUUCUCAGCUCAAACUCCUCCAGACUGAGAGGACUGGACCUGGGUCUCAAUAUCCUGCAGGAUUCAGGAGUGAAGCUGCUCUCUGCUGGACUGGAGAAUCCACACUGUACACUGGAGAUACUGAGUCUGUGGAAGUGUGGCCUGAUAGAUGAAAGCUGUAGAGUUCUGGCCUCAGUUCUCAGCUUAAACUCCUCCAGACUGAGAGAACUGAACCUGGGUUUCAAUAACCUGCAGGAUUCAGGAGUGAAGCUGCUCUCUGCUGGACUGGAGAAUCCACACUGUACACUGGAGAUACUAAGGCUGUGUGGGUGUAAUCUGACAGAUGAAAGCUGUAGAGUUCUGUCCACAGUUCUCAGGUCAAACUCCUGCAGGCUGAGAGAAUUGAACUUGGGUUCCAAUAACCUGGAGAAUUCAGGAGUGGUGCUGCUCUCUGCUGGACUGGAGAAUCCACACUGUACACUGGAGAUACUGACGUUGUCAUGGUGUAGGAUUACAGAUGAAGGUUGUGCUGCUUUGGCUUCAGCUCUGAGGUCAAACUCCUCAUCACACCUGAGAGAGCUGGAUCUAAUGGGCAAUGAAGUAGGAGACUCAGGAGUGAAGCUGCUCUCUGAUCUACUGAAGGAUCCACACUGUAAACUGGAGACACUAGACAUUGAAACAUAUAUCCUUAUCAAGACUGACAAGAGUCAUCAGGAUUAAAAGGAGGCCCACCUCAAACCUCUUUUCCAAGAAAAUAAAAAUGGACUGUUUCAGUAAUAAUAAUUCCUAUUCAGAUGUUUAGGAAUUUUGUUAUUUUAAUUUGUUAUUCAAAGCAUAAAAAAAGCCUCACUAUGCACAGAGAUAUAAUUGCAAUAAAUAUCAGAUCCAGAGCUUUUAGCUCCAUAGACACAGUUUUGUACGUUUAUAUUUGAUCUCUUUAUGCAAGCAGAAGUUUGGUUUAAUAUGGGACUAAAAGUCCACAUUUUUUGACUCACAGAUGUAGCAAAGAGUAAGUCUUUUUUUCUUAUCUUUAUUUUUAUUCUAACUUUAUAUCGGUGAACUUA